AGUCUGUGUUCUAUACUCAAUCGCUUCACAUCGUGUUCAUUGAUAUUGUUGUUUUAUUCUAUACUUUUAAUUUAAAAAAAUUCUUUAAUAAUGCAGUUCAAUUUUCAACAAAUUCUUUUAUUUAUUUUGACGGCUGUGACUUUGAUUUUUGCUCAAGCUCCUUUUGAAUGCUCAACACGGGAGAUUCGAUCCUACCGGCAGUUGGAUUCACUUACAAACUGCACGGCAAUUCUUGGAAAUUUGGCGUUACUUUUUCCAGUCUUUUAUGAUAACAUCGAUUAUACGCCGGAGGAAAUAAACAAUCGAUCGUUUCCUAUAAGAGAAGUCACUGGCUUCUUCUUAGUGUAUGCAGUUAAUCAUCUUGACUCCCUUGGUGGCAUGUUCCCUAAUCUCACAGUUAUCCGUGGAACUCGUUUAUUCUCAAAUUAUGCAUUUGUCAUUCACGAAAGUGACAUCAAAGAGAUUGCAUUAAGAAACUUAUUAAAGAUCAAACGUGGUGCUGCACGAAUUGAUAAAACCAAUCCGAGGUUAUGCUUUCCAAACAUCGAUUGGAGUCAAAUCAUUGAAAGUGGAAAAAUGGUUGCAUCACAGGGCUCAUACGGAAGCAUGUGUGAGUUUAAUCGAUGUCAUAGCUGUGAACAUCAUAAUUUAUGUUGGAAUAAUAAAAUGUGCCAACGUUUUGAGAAAACUUUUAAAUCGCCAAAAAUGAAGCCAUGUCAUCAUUUGUGUCUUGGACAUUGCACUAAUCGGACAGCAAGCGGUUGUUAUGUUUGUAAAGAUUUAUCGGAGGAUGGAGUUUGUGUUAAUAAAUGUUCAGAAAAUAAAGUCUUGAAUAUCGACACGCGACGAUGUCUCGACAAAUCAAAAUGUGUUGCUUUAAAUCGUUAUAUCUUCAACAAUGAAUGUCUGGAAAGUUGUCCACCGGGCUUCACAGCAGCACUUAAUCAAAAUGAUACACUUAGCACUACAAAUGUCUGCAUAAAAUGUAUCGACAAAUGUCCUAAAAUUUGUUCACCACCAGAGAUUCGGAGAAUUUCGCAAUUGGAGGAAUUGGGAGUUGGAUGUACAAUUGUAAAUGGCACUUUGGAAAUAUACAUUAUUGAUGAUGUGUUCAACCUAACAGAAGAAUUUAAUAAAUAUUUAGGUGACAUCGAGGAAAUUCACGGUGUCAUAAAGAUUCACAGAUCAUCAGCAAUUACCGAACUGACCUUUCUCAACAAUCUUCGUGUUAUCUAUGGUUAUAAAAAGAAACCAGCGAUGCUCAUAUUUGAGAAUCCAAAUCUUCAGAAGCUCUUUGAUUGGGAAAAGCGUGGUGGCAUGAAGCUAAGAAUUCGUCGUGGUGAAGUUCAUAUUUACUCAAAUCUCAUGUUAUGUGCAAACGAAACAAGAAAACUUGUGGCAAACAUUGAGCGACCAAAUGGUGCACCUGAAACAAAUAAUUUAAUUCAAAACAAUGGGAUAAGGAAUAUUUGUAAAGCUCCAACUAUUUUGACAAGAGCUGUAGUUUUAUCACAUGAGAGCUGCAAAAUUCAAUGGAAAAAUACGAAACCAACGGAAGUUAAAGGAAAUUUUCAAGCUUACAUCAUUCAGUAUGCUGCUACAAAACCAAAUGAAAAGUUUGAUGGACGUUUGUUCUUCGAGCGUGAAACGUGUUCAUCUUUUGGAUGGCAUAGCAUUUAUUUAAAUCAUAAUGAAUGGGAAGAACUUCCUGAUGGGUUCUUGGAAUUUGUUGUGACAGAUUUAGAUCAAUCUACACGUUAUGCUUACAUGGUACAAACUUAUGUUUAUGGUCCAAAUGAAGUUGAGCAUCACGCAGCGUCUCAAAGUACUGUUGAAGAUGAUGGCGCGAUUUCAGAAGUUGGCAAUUUUGAAACACUUAUGCGAGUGCCAACACGUCCAAAGUCGUUAAAAAUUGUGGCCAAAACUCCCACAUCACUCAGCUUAGGUUGGGACAUUCUUGCUAACGAAGCAGAUGAUAUUCGAUAUCAAUAUUUAGAUGUUGUAAUGAAGCCAUUCAAUCUUGACUUCGUAGUUAAGAAAGAUUAUUGCAUGGUGCGUGAAGUGCCAAAAAACACUUCAGAAUCUGUCUUAAACUCAUGGGAAGGCGAAACAAUGAGAACGAAAAAUGAAUUUUGCAAAAUGUGUUGUGUGAUUGAAGAAGAAGAUAAAAAAAAACGUCAGAAGAAAGAAAAUGACUUUGAGGAAGCGCUCAUAAAGUUCAGCGAGACAACAUCGAGAGAAAGUCACGAGCCACGUAACGCUGUGCAGAGUGUGCCUGGCUAUGUUGGGCGAUUCUUUAUAGAAUCUGAUAAAAGAACUUUUAUAAUUGAAAAGCUGAGAGCUUACACAAUUUAUCAGAUGUUUCUUCACGCAUGUUCAAGUGAACGAGUGUGCAGUGAAUAUGCGCUUGCUGCUGAAAUUACAGCUACUGGCGACAACAAAACAUAUGAUCGAAUCAAGAUAAAAUUUGUUAAACCAUAUUUUGAUAGUGAAGACUUCGAAGUUUAUUUCAACGAGCCAGUUAAAGUUAAUGGAGCUAUCAUCACUUACAUCUCUGAAUUUCGUGAAAUGGAUGGAAAUAAAACAAAUUAUUUAUUUUCUGAAUGCAUCACUCGAGAAAAACAUGAAGAAAAUAAUCAUAGAUAUGCAUUGGGUCACAGUCUGAUUAGCGGAACUUACACGUUUCGCAUCAUGGCUGUGUCUUUAGCUGGAAAAGGACUUUUCACCGAAUUCUUUCCAUUUGAAGUAUAUAAUCCAUACGAUUCUUUAUCAAAAGGAUGGUACAUACUUUUAUCAGUUGUUAUUGUAUUUGCUGUUACUAUUGGAACUGUUUGGUACUACAAAAGAAAAGGAAGAUUCGUGUAUGCCGGCCGAAGCGACACUGAAGGUUUAUUACAUGCUAUAGAAAUGCAUGAAAUGCAUAAUGUCGCUUCAAGUCUUUCUGAAUCUGUUGUGUCAACAAACUUAAUUUAAUUAAAAUAAACUUUUUAUAUUUGUUAAAAUUUUAAA